AUGGAAACACAGCUAAUGACAGUUCUCGACGACAUAGCCAACAGGGAAGGUGUUCAAGGCGUGCUCAUUGCCGAUGAGAAGGGAUUGUGUCUCGGAACUCGAGGCGUUGCAAAGAGUGAGACAGCAGCUUUUGCAGCAUCUAUUGCACGAACGGCACGCGAGUUGCUUCCACCAGGGACUACUGAGCUAAACGAUAGGACCGAUUAUCCUACCAUCAACAUUGACUACAAGAAUCACAAAGUGGUUAUCCGCAACGAAGGCUCUUUUACGCUUGCUAUCUUCAUGUAG